GACGGGGCGGGGCCGAAGCUAGUCUACAGCGAAGCUCUGGCCCCGAGCUCCCGGAGGCUCGAGCGCCACCUCCUACGGACCCCGGGCCGGCUCCCCCUCCCUUUCCCCCGCCCCCCCUUCCUCCUCCAGCACCUGCUCCCGCUGCCUCAGCUUCGCGUGCCUCCCCCGCUCCCAGCCACCGCCCGAGCCUCGCAGGGCUCUCCGAGGGGCCAUCCCCUAUUACCAUUCCAACGCCCCCCCUUCCAAGCUCCAUCACACCCUGAACCCCAUCUAGGUUCUUUCUUACCCCAUCAGCCCGUCGCGACCCUCCACCCCCAUCCGGCUCCCACCAUCCUACCCAAUCCCGACGCCCCCGCCCGCUCCCUGCGCCCCCGCCUUCCCUGACUACCCCCCUCUCAGCUCCUCUGAGCCUCCUCCUCUGUCAUCCAGGGCCCUGCCACCUCCAGAGUCCCCUCUAGGUCUCCCUCUUCCUCAUUGGGUCCAAGAUUCGGUUACCCAGAACCCCCAGCCCCAUCGCGAGUUCCUAGCCCUUCCCCCUGCCUUCCAGUAACACCGAUUCUCCCUCCCUCCCCUCUCUUUUCUCCAAGCUCCCCCCGUCCUCAGGCCAGGUCCCGCCCUAGCCCCUCCUUCCCUGUCUUGGAACAGAGUCCUGACUGCCGGGGGCGGGAGGGGAGGGGAGGCGCGUGUCCGAUGACCCGUCCCGUCGCUGCCUAGGCUAGGGAGCAUCCAGGGCAGCCACGUCUGCCUCGGCUGUAGGGACUCGGAAACCACCACCUAAGCCCGGCUGCCUAGGGAGCGUCUGUCCCAACAGCUGUCUGUCUGUCUGUGCCGCAGCUGCAGGAUGCUGACCAGCCUGUAUGAAUGGUUUUGGAAGGAUGAGUACUGGUUCCCUCCUGGGUACUCAUGGGCUGACACGGAAGAUUCAGAUGGGGUCACCUACCCUCAUCCCAGGGACCUGCUGGCAUCCAUUCCCAUAGCAUUGGUUCUAAUGGUCAUCAGAUUUGGCUUUGAGAGGACCAUCGCGAUGCCGUUGAGCAGGGCUUUGGGUGUGCGUGAUCGCCUGAGGGUCAAGGCUACCCCUAACCCUAUCCUGGAGAACUUUUUCCGGACCCACAAUAAGGAUCCAAAAGAGGCGCAGCUGAGUCACUUGGCCAGCCAGUGCGGCCUGUCCGUGAGGCAGGCCCAGCGCUGGUUUCGGCGCCGGAGAAAUCAGGACCGACCGUUACUGAGCAAGAAAUUCUGUGAAGCCUGUUGGAGAUUUUUAUUUUACUUCUCUUCUUUCUUUGGAGGCUUCCUCGUGCUCUACAAUGAAACAUGGCUGUGGGAGCUCAAGACAUGCUGGGACAAAUAUCCCUUCCAGCCUCUGCAGCCUGCCAUGUACUGGUGGUACCUCCUUGAACUUGGCUUCUACAUCUCUCUGCUGUUGACUCUCCCCUUUGAUGUUAAGAGAAAGGACUUAAAGGAGCAGGUCAUCCACCACUUUGUCACUAUCAUCUUGAUUGGAUUCUCUUAUUCUGCUAAUCUCCUGCGCAUUGGGACCUUGGUGUUACUGCUUCAUGACAUAUCUGACAUUCUCAUGGAGGCCUGUAAAAUGUUUAAUUAUGCACAGCGGAGGCAUAUCUGUGACACACUCUUCAUCAUCUUUGCCCUGGUGUUCAUCGUUACCCGGCUCAUUAUCUUCCCAACCAAAAUUCUCUACACUACCUACUAUGAUUCCAUGAUCAAAUUCCAGCCCUUCUUUGGAUACUAUUUCUUCAAUGCCCUCCUCAUGGUCCUUCAGGUUCUCCAUGUCUUCUGGUCCGGCCUCAUCCUCCGUAUGGUCUACAAGUUUGUUUUAGCUGGCAGGAUGCAGAAUGACAUAAGGAGUGACUUGGAAGAACAGAAUACAAGUGAUGAACAGUCCGAGGCACCCCGACAGAAGAAUGGGAGGCUUCAGUCCAAUGACAAAACAGACACUUGUACCCUUCCCCGGGCCAGGGUCGCUCGUGGGGCUGGGCCCAGCCAGCUGGCCAAUGGCCACGUCCCAGCAACAUAGCCUGGUCCGGCUCAGGGCUACCAGAUGGUCUGGCUCAGGGAUGAAACCUGGAUGACUGGUCUGCAGACUGUCUGAGGAUUCGGUUGUCGUGGGAAAUUUCCCAGAAUCUGAUGGAGCACGGACUCCAUAGGCCUGGACUAGGACCCUUUACUUAUUUCUCCAUCUCAUUUCUGUCCCCACCUCUGCUGGACCUGAGGGAGGAGGAAGAAAGAUAGAAUCUCUGUUGAAGAUUUGGGAGUGGGCUUAAUGAUCUUUCUCCUGAACAGCCUUUAUCCUGAGCCAGUAUCCCUGGACUGGCUGCUAAGGCCUUAGAAAGCCAGGGUGAUUGGGGAUAGGCUCUGUUUCUGCUGUGCAGGUACCCCUGAGGAGAGAGCUGAGGGACCCUAAGAGCCUCCUAUCCCCCUACCCCAGGGUUACAUCCCCAUGAGGUUAAGAAGGAGCAGGCUUCUUCCUGAGCCAAUAUGGGGGAUACAUGGGCUUGUAAGCCUGGGUCUGGAUUGAGCUGACCAGCCUCAGACCCUUCUCCCUGUCCCAGCCUGAAGCCUCACCUCUGCAAACCCUAGGAUUCAGGGUAGCCCAUUCAGGAUUGGGAUGGGGUGCAUUCUGGGUUUCCCCAGACCCAGAGAGGGAACAAUAAAACUUGAAUGGAGUAGUUUUCACUGUC